AUGCUUGUCCCACGCUACUUCUUGUUCUUCGCCGCGCUGUUGACACUCUUGGUGACAGCGCUACCCGCCACUGCUGAACCACCAUUUCCGCCGUGCGUCGGUGGCUCGAUUUACUUUACCGCUCACACCAUAGACAGCCUGCUAUUCCAAAAUCCAGACCUCUACCACGAUCUCUACGUCUUCAAAUGCAUCACCACGAUCGUUCUUACUGCAGAUAGCGGCGGUGAAGCAGCCAAUCACACUCGUUUGCUAGAGCUUGAGCGUGGUCUCGAAAAUGCUUACAAGUUCAUGUCUGAUGUGUCAUCUGGUGAUGCAGAUGACAACCAGUCUGUGUCUGCUCUCACAGAGGCAACAACACUUGCCAACGAUACGACGGCCCAGAUUGGGGAGCACACAGUCUCCGUCUCUCCACUUCUCGGACGCUCGAAUGUACAGAUCAUUUACCUUCGCCUUCCCCAGAGCGAAUACUUCGGGAAAGGAUACAAUGCGUAUUCUGAAGAGUCACUAGCCAAACUAUACAACUCGGAGAUACCGCAAAUCUCUACGACGGACGGAAAGGUCACCUACACUCUUCAGCAUGUAAAGGACAUCAUCGCAACGAUCAUCAGGGAUAGACGGGCAAACGACAUCCAUAUGCUGAACUACUUCGAAGCUCUCAACACCGAUGAGGGCGAUCAGCUCGACCAUGCCGACCGCAUUGUCUCUGCCAAGCUUGUGAUGAACGUCACGGAGGACAUGGGUUUCAAUGGAAAUGUCAAGGUAUACGCAAGCGACUCAUUACGCAUGUUGCGAAACAACCUCAACACACCAGACUACAUCAAGAAGGUCGAUGCAUUCUUCGAAUACGCUAAGCAUGAUCCUGAUAUGUGUCAGAGUCUUGAUGAGUGCGGUCAGAGGCGCCAGAACUUGGAUGUCUCCAAGACUAAAUACGCCGAGGUAGACCAUGUCGCUGAGUUUCUGAAGCGGGAAUACUACGUCGAAUAA